AUGCAUUUCAAAAUUAUAGCCGCCCAUUUGGCCGGCCUCCUCGCGGUAGCAUCAGCCAAGGACUCUCGAACCUUUGCCGUGAACCACUUCUACGGCAAGGGUCCUCUAACUGAGGGCCGUAUGGAUCCCAUAAUCAGUCCCGGCACCGCAUCGAGCCAUGUGCACGCCAUCCAAGGUGGAAGUAACUUUAAUUUGACCAUGGAAAACAACGCACUGCUCGACUCGUCCUGUACCUCUUCCCUGGUCGAGGCGGACAAAAGCAACUACUGGACUCCGACUUUAUACUUCCAAGAUCCUUCCAAUGGAAGCUUCAUCUCGGUUCCCAUGUUCUACAUGAAUGUCUAUUACUUUUUCGAGCCAACCGAUGAUGAAAUUAAACCUUUCCCAGUCGGCCUCCGCAUGGUCAGUGGAAACAACAGUCUCCGGACUCCACCACCCGGCGGUGCUGCCAAUGUCCUAGACACGAACGCAGGAACCAUCCAACCCGUUCAGUGGACGUGCCCUCGCACUUCAUACGACCCGCCUUCCUAUCCCGCAAACUCCGACGGUCUCUACGGUGUCGGCAUCCAAGACCCGAACAACGCCGGUGCUGGUGCUGGAUUCCCAGAUAUGAACUGUGAUGGAUAUGCAUCCCCUCUGCGGGCUGAUAUUCACUUCCCUUCUUGCUACAAUCCCCAGGCUGGUGUCGAUGCCUAUGAGAGCAAUAUGUUGUUCCCGAGCAGCAAGGGCACUACUGGUGGCAAGAUGAAUUGCCCCGAGGGGUGGAUUCAUCUUCCUCAUAUAUUCUAUGAGGUUUAUUGGAAUACUCCUCUCUUUGCGGAUUUAUGGGAGCAGGGGCAAGGUUGGCAACCGUUUAUAUUGUCAAGUGGGGAUCGCACUGGGUAUUCUCUUCAUGGUGAUUUUAUCGCUGGCUGGGAUGAGGAUGUCUUGCAGAAGAUCAUCAACAAUUGCGAUGCUGGUGAUUCGGGAAUGGACAAGUGUGCUGACGCUGGCCCGAUCAACAACUCUGCUGACAGUUGUAAUAUCCCCAACCUGGUCCCCGAGAAGAUUUUUGGUGUUUUGGAGAAACUGCCCGGCAACAACCCGCCAACUGGAUGGGGUCAAGGAGAGAGUGCUUCGUCUCCGUCGCAGACAGCAAGCACCAAGUCUACAACCAGUGUGCCGCCUGUGUCUCAGACCGAGACCGAGGUAACUACCACGACAGUCUCUGCGACUGAUUCCAAAAGCACCGGCUGGUCGUAUCUUGGAUGCUAUUCUGACAACACAUCUACCCGUGCACUGACCGGUAUCCAAUUCGCUGACUUGGGUAUUGGAAAGGUGACUUCAACCGGCUGCAUGGAGUAUUGUAACAAUGCUGGAUUCAGCUUGGCAGGUACUGAAUACGCCGGUCAGUGCUUCUGUGGUAACAAGCUGGAGGGCAGUUCCAAGCUCGAAGCAGACAAGUGCGACAUGAAGUGUGAAGGUGAUGCCUCUCAAAUCUGCGGUGGCAGCUCGGCUUUGAGUGUGUUUGAGAAGGCCGGGACAGCUGCAUCGAAGAGGUCGAGUGCGCACUUCCGUCGACAUGUGCACGGAAAGCAUUCUUGA